UCUCCAUCCCGUUUCACACCAACUCCACAAUGAGCAACAAUUUUGUCCCUCGCCAUGUCAGCUCUAGGGUCAAACUCUGGCCGCAGCGGUAGCAGACCUGCCAGCGGUGCAUACAGUGACGGUCUCAGCCGCUCUCCCAGCGAUGUCGACAGUCUUGGGUCCCGAUCGUCUUCUCGGUCGAGCGAGGACAUACGACCAGUGACCUACCGCACCUACGCCCUCUCCUCCGCGAUGAUCUUUAUUAACGAAUUAGAUAGAGAGGACUGCCCCCUUCGAAUUCGGACUUUCGUCGACGGCUUGCUCUCCCCUACAACAGUCAGUACCCUCGGCAAUGACCCUUCUCCGUCUUUGGCUCCACUCGAUGCUGUCUCCACCAAUACUUCCUUGAGAAGCACGGCCGCUGCCCUUGCCAACGAAGGGAAGCAGUGUCGCUUGAAAGAGAAGGCAGAAUGGAUGGACUUUGCCAGACGCGUGUUCAGCGUUUUUAACCGCCCACUCCUCUAUAGCUGCCAGAGCCGCAAUUUCGACGUACGAGUUUCUCUCGGCAGCGGCUCCCAUCUGCACCUCUCAGCUCCCAAACCAGACCUAACUUUCGGUCUCGCCAUCCCUCAGAUCCAUGCGCCUUCUCUAUCGCUAGUACCUCUCGUAGAGCUCAACGAUUUUUACGGCCUUCAGCCUUUCUCGUCGCCCGCUCGUCCAGACAUCGCUUUUCCGUUCCUCAUUUUCGAGGCCAAGACAGACUGUGGGAAUAUGGUGGCAGCCGAAAAUCAAGCCGCACAUGGUGCCGUUAAGGCCCUCGCAAUGAUGAAGACCCUUGAUGACAUUCAUCGUAGAGUCGGAGGUGCCCAAGCCUCUCCCCGCCUGCCCGUAGUCGUCAUUUGUUCAGUAGGCUCUCUGUACGAGGUCUUUGUAGCAUUCGAUCUGUCCACAGAAGAAUUUCCAACUUCAAUGAGCCCCACUGCAGCUCUCACUUUAAGGCCAGGGAUACAUUUGGUCGAGAUCUGGGCCGGCAAGGUCGAUUAUGCAGAAACGAUGCUACAGCUACAGUUGCUGCUUCACAGGCUGCUCGGCUGGGUGUUGGAAAGGUGGCAGCCUGCAAUUGUGGGCAUACUCAACACAGUCAGGGCUGCCACGGCAGCGAAAGCCCCUGAAACAGCUCAGGCAUAGAAUAGAAGACAGAGGUCAAGGAUCUGACGGAAGUCGAUGUGCCAUGUGAUCCAGGAACGUUCCGAAGAAGUGUCAAUACAGAAAGCAUCUAUACACGUUUCUGUGCUGCUUGUCCCGGGAUACGAUGCGCUGCUUGCGUGCGACCACCUGCGUACGUACGCCCACGCCGCCACGUUGCCACUUCCGCUUCCGCUUGCGCCUCCCGCCAAUCACACAAGGCGCACCUUCUUAAGAUUAGAUCCGCGCCGGAACUACGCCGCCGGGAGGCGUUGAGGAGGAUAAAGCAACAUGCUUCCCGCCUACAGAGGCAUCAAUGCAAAGAUGAAAACACGGAUAUCCCCUCU